AUGGAAUUUGUCAGCUUUUGUCCGUGGGAUUCACGAUGUCGAUCAUUGCUGGAGCUGCAUCCGGAUUUGGAGGCGUUAUGUGUCUGCGAUCUGUCUAAUACCGUGUUGGGGACGGCUUAUACGAACCCGGAAUUCGAGGAGAUUUCUCGGCUUAAUGCAUAUACUGUGAAACCUUUACUUCUGCUGGCUGGCGCUGCGACAGCUGGAAAAACAAAUGUCACCUUUUUAGGUGAUCGAUUCUUAGUGGUGGAGGCAGAGAAAGAAUAUUUGGAGGCGAAAUGUGGAAAGAAAAGUUUGUUUCUUCGACAAACCAAUGCAUUGUACUUGAUCGGUGUAGCGAUGGAAACGGAGAGUAAGAACAAACAUGCGUCCGCUCGCGAGGCGAUGAAUGCAAUUCAAGAAUAUUUCGAGUCUGCCGACUUCUGA